GGCCGAUCCCGCCGGGUUUCCGGGAGUGGAGGGGCAUGGAGUCGUCGCUGGCGGGGGCGGCGGAGGGGGGUGGUGGCUUCCGCGCCAGCGAGCACCAGCACGUUCGGUACAACCCGCUGCGGGACGACUGGGUGCUGGUAUCGGCCCACCGGGUGAAGCGCCCUUGGCAGGGUCAGCUUGAGAAGCCGCCCCCCGAGGAUGUGCCCCGCUGGGACCCCAAGAACCCCCUGUGCCCCGGGGCCACCCGGGCCAACGGCGAGGUGAACCCCAAGUACGAGGGUACUUUUGUCUUCCCGAAUGACUUCCCUGCACUGCAGCCUGAUGCUCCAGAGCCUGAUGACAGUGAUCACCCCUUGUUUCGAGCUGCCCCAGCCCAGGGUGUGUGCAAGGUGAUGUGUUUCCACCCCUGGUCGGACCUGACGUUGCCCCUCAUGUCCCUGCCAGAGAUCCGGGCUGUCAUCGAUGCGUGGGCAGAGCUGGCAGCUGAGCUGGGUGCUUCCUACCCCUGGGUGCAGAUCUUUGAGAACAAGGGAGCGAUGAUGGGCUGCUCCAACCCGCACCCCCACUGCCAGGUGUGGGCCAGCAGCUUCCUCCCGAAUGAGGCGUGCCUGGAGGACAGGACCCAGCGCCAGCACCUGAGCCAGCACGGCGUGCCCAUGCUGCUGGAGUAUGCUGAGCAGGAGGCUCGCCGAAAGGAACGGCUGGUGGUGGAGAAUGCGGACUGGCUGGUCGUGGUGCCAUACUGGGCUACGUGGCCCUACCAGACCCUGCUCCUGCCCCGCCGCCACGUCUGUCGCCUCCAGGACCUCAGUGACAGUGAGAAGGACAGCCUGGCCUCCAUCAUGCAGAGGCUGCUCAUCAAGUAUGACAACCUCUUUGAAGUCUCCUUUCCCUACUCCAUGGGCUGGCAUGGAGCCCCCACAGGCGCCUACCUGGAGAAGGACUGCAGGCACUGGCAGCUCCAUGCCCACUACUACCCGCCGCUGCUGCGCUCCGCCACUGUCCGCAAGUUCAUGGUGGGAUAUGAGAUGCUGGCCCAGGCACAGAGGGACCUCACCCCGGAGCAGGCAGCUGAGCGCCUGAGGAGCCUCCCUGAGGUGCACUACAAGAAGAGAGCUGAGGAGGUGUGAUGGGGAGCAGCAGAGCAUCCAGUCCUAGGAUGUGAGUGAAAGUCCUCCCUGGGACUCUGCAGGAGUUGGUGAUGGACAGUGAUGUGGGGGGAUGCCAAGCACUAAGUACUCUCACGUCUUCACAAAUAGUUUUCAUUUGUCACUAGUGAGCCAUUCUCACAACUCUCUAAUGAGAAUCCUCUCUACGUGGAGUCUGUGAGUGCACUCCCUGGGGGGCAAGAAAUACUUUGCAAGGAGAGAAAUGCCCUCCUCCUACCUCCAAGACAGCAGUUCCUGGAGAGGGCUGUGUUCCCUCUGCCCCAUCCAUGCAACACUCCCCUACCUCUAUCCAUGGGGCUGGGACAGAUGGAGGGGUCUCCUGGCCUGUGUGGUGCUGGAUGUCCUCCUUUAUGCUGGGUCCUGUCUUUCUGCCUGAUUGCCUCAUCCCAGAGCCCACGAACUGCCUUUGCCUGACCUCAGUGUUCUCCAGGUGCUCUGGCGCCGUGGGGAGGAGCUGGUGGCUGACCCUAGGGUUUGGAGGAGUCAUUGCACUCAGCAUUCUCACCCAGGGCAUCGGGGCUGCCCAGCUGGGAAUCUGGCCUCUUGCAAACCUGAUUUCUGCCCUCCUGAGACGAGCAGAGCGCGUGUGAUCUCCGCUGCCAUCCGGACUGCGAGCCCUUUCCAUUGCAACAAGUGCCUCCAGUGCAACUUCCCAACUUCCCCGCUUGUUCUCCAGGGUCCUGGGAAAGUGGCAACAAAUUGACUUGAGUGUGGCGAUGUAGCUCGGGGUAGUUAGCCGCCGAACUGGUUGUAACAAGGCUAGUCAUCUCCCUGCACACACAGUUAGCUCUGAUUUAAUGGCCCGGCGGCUCCCAGCCCGGGCUGCCGCGCCUCGGCCUGCAGCCGUAAAUGGAACUCGCACUUGAGUCAAGCGGUAUUAAACUUUACAGUCGCCGUCUUUAAAAAUGGGACUCUCUCCAAUAAAUCAGGGCAAGUGGGAUUGUAAAUAUCGCGGCAGGAUCCAUAUUGCUUAAUUAAA